AAGUGGCGGGUGUGGCGCUGGGCUGCUAAUCGCCUGAAUUCGGAGCGCGAGUGCCUUGUGUCGCGAGUUAGCGAGAAAACGCGGGUCCUGGGAGUCCCGGCACCCUGUCCUCUUCCAUUGUGCUCCCCUGGCACGUGUGGCACGGAGCUCGACAUGGAGCCGCAGAGGUCCCCCUUGUUGGAAGUGAGGGGGAACAUACAGCUGAAAAGAGCCCUGGUCAAGGCUCCUUCUAGACUGCCUCUCCCUGGAACCAGGUUUAAGAGGGGGCCUGACCAGAUGGAGGAUGCCCUAGAGCCUGAGAAGAAAAGGACACGAGGCCUGGACACAGUGACCAAAUUUGCCGCGUCCCACCCCCGAGCACCAGCCCUCACCACAGUGCCACAGGCGCAAGGCCAUACCACAGCUCCAAAAGUUCCCAAGAAGACGGGCCCCCGAUGUUCCACAGCUGUUGCCACAGUGUUGAAGAAUCAGAAACCAGGCCCUGCUGCUCCUGCCCAGAAGCCUGGAGCGGCUGCUCCCAUGCUGGGAGGGAGGAAACCCACCAAACGUCCAGCCUGGGACUUAAAGGGUCAGUUAUGUGACCUAAAUGCAGAGCUGAAAUGCUGUCGUGAGAGGACUCAGACGUUGGACCAGGAGAACCAACAGCUGCAGGACCAACUCCGGGAGGCCCAACAACAGGCCAAGUCCCUGGGGGCAGAGUGCAGGAUGCUGGAAGGGGAGUUGGCCAGGGUACAGGCCCAGGCCGAGCAGGGCCAACAGGAGUUGGGGAACCUAAGGGCCCAUAUCCUGGAGCUAGAAGAGCAGCUGGGCACACAGGAGGGCUUGGUGCAAGAGCUCCAGAAAGAACGGUUGGGGUUGCAGGAGGAGCGAAAGGGACUGGCCGCCCGGCUGGAGGAGCAGGAGAGGAGGCUACAGGUAUCAGAAGCAGCUCUGUCAGGCAGCCGAGCAGAGGUGGCAUCUCUGCGCCAAGAGGCUACAGCCCAGGCAGCCUUGCUGGUGGAGCAAGGAGAACGUCUCCAUGGGCUAGAGAUGGAGCGCCGGCGACUACACAACCAGCUACAGGAACUCAAAGGCAACAUCCGGGUGUUCUGCCGGGUCCGCCCUGUCCUUCCAGGGGAGCCCACCCCACCCCCUGGAUUCCUCCUGUUUCCCUCUGGCCCUGGUGGGCCCUCUGAUCCUCCAACCCGCCUCAGCCUCUCCCGGUCUGACGAGCGUCGUGGGACCCUGAGUGGGGCACCAGCGCCCCCCACCCGCCAUGACUUCUCCUUUGAUCGGGUCUUCCCGCCGGCAAGUGGACAGGACGAAGUGUUUGAGGAGAUUGCCAUGCUUGUCCAGUCAGCCCUGGAUGGCUACCCAGUAUGCAUCUUUGCCUACGGCCAGACAGGCAGUGGCAAGACCUUCACGAUGGAGGGUGGGCCUGGGGGAGACCCCCAGGUGGAGGGGCUGAUCCCUCGGGCCCUGCGGCAUCUCUUCUCCGUGGCCCAGGAGCUGGGUGGCCAGGGCUGGACCUACAGCUUUGUGGCAAGCUACGUAGAGAUCUAUAAUGAGACUGUCCGAGACCUGCUGGCCACUGGGACCCGGAAGGGCCAGGGCAGCGAGUGUGAGAUUCGUCGGGCGGGGCCAGGAAGUGAGGAGCUUACUGUCACCAAUGCCCGAUAUGUUCCUGUCUCCUGUGAGAAAGAGGUGGAGGCCCUGCUCCAUCUGGCCCGCCAGAACCGGGCUGUGGCCCGCACAGCCCAGAACGAGAGAUCAUCACGCAGUCACAGUGUGUUCCAGCUGCAGAUCUCUGGGGAGCACGCUGGGCGAGGCCUGCAGUGCGGGGCCCCCCUCAGCCUUGUGGACCUGGCUGGGAGUGAGCGGCUAGAUCCUGGCUUAACCCUUGGCCCUGGAGAGCGGGAACGCCUUCGGGAAACCCAAGCCAUUAACAGCAGCUUGUCUACCCUGGGGCUGGUCAUCAUGGCCUUGAGCAACAAGGAGUCCCACGUGCCUUAUCGGAACAGCAAGCUCACCUACCUGCUGCAGAACUCUCUGGGUGGCAGUGCUAAGAUGCUCAUGUUUGUGAACAUUUCCCCCCUGGAAGAGAAUGUCUCCGAGUCCCUCAACUCCCUACGCUUUGCCUCCAAGGUGAACCAGUGUGUAAUUGGUACGGCCCAGGCCAACAGGAAAUGAAGACAGAUCCAGAUCUUUUGUGUGUGUGUUUUGGGGGGGGAGAGAGAUGCUUUAUUGGGGGGGGGGGAAGGGCCGU